AUGCGGUGCCUUCGCCUCGCCGUCGCGCUGGUCUUGCUCGUCGCGCUGCCCCUCGCGGCCGCCGCGGGGGCCAAGGCCAAGGCCCCGGCCGCCCCGCCGGCGCCGCCGAACGCCACGGCGGCGAUGGCCAAGGGCGGGUGCAAGGCCUUCGCGGCGCUGAUCGCGGCCUCGCCCGACGCGGCGUCCACCUACGACGCGGCCGCGAGCGGCGGCAUGACGGUCUUCUGCCCCUCCGACGACGCCGUGGCGUCCUUCAUGCCCCGGUACAAGAACCUCACCGCCGACGGCAAGGCGUCGCUGCUGCUGUUCCACGCCGUCCCCGUCUACUACUCGCCGGGGAGCCUCAAGUCCAACAACGGCGUCAUGAACACGCUCGCCACCGACGGCUCCGCCCGGAACUACAACUUCACGCUGCAGAACGAGGGCAACGUCGUCACCAUCAAGACGGGCGCCUCCGGGGCCGUCGCGCGGGUCAGGUCCACGCUGCUGGACACGGACCCCGUCGCCGUCUACGCCGUCGACAGGGUGUUCGAGCCCGUCGAGCUGUUCAAGCCCGCGCCGUCCCCGACCCCCGCGCCCGCGCCCGCCCCGGCCGCCGACGCGCCCAAGGCGGGCAAGGGCGGCGCCGCGCGCCACCGCUCGCCCCCAGCCGUCGCGGACGCGCCCGGGCCCGAGGCCGAGGACACCGCCCCGGCGGACCAGAAGAAGGACUCCAAGAAGAGCGCGGCCGCCGGCGCGCCGCGCGCAAGGUGGCUCGCCGCGGCGCUGGCGACCGUGGCCGUGGCUUCCACGCUGGCUUAGGAAAUGAGAACAACGCGGGGUACAAGUCAAAGGAGCAAGGCUUCUGCUGCAAGUGUUAACUGAGAUCUUCAACAAGCCCAGAAGCUGGGCUCCAAGCCUCCAAUGGUCCUUCGCAUUGCUGGUUAAGUUGUUCAUAGACGUUCAAGUUCUUAGUCUUCAGUUUGGUCUUUGUUGCCGCUGCUAUGUAGAUGUUACUUGUGACAAUUCUCGUUUAGGUAUAGCCGAGGUCUUAUCAGCGUUCUUUCGCUACGUGGCCCGAGAGGCACAUCUGUAAGAAUGAAGUUAGUAAUAGUUUGUUAGUGUGUGAGUUUGUUAGACAGUUUGGCUGGGAUAUGCAGGAUGUUGCCGAAAUCUGAUCGCGGUGAACACUCGAUGGUUGGUGUGUAUUAUCAAAUUUCAAAAAUGAAAAUUUGGGGGAAACCUCUUAAUUCAAGAAAAAGUAUAUCACUCAUAUUCUCUGAAAGAAAUAAAAGUUGUACUGGUCAUGUUGUAGACUUUA